UCAUGAUGAAAGAAGAAAUCUUUGGUCCUGUCAUCACUGUAAUGGUUUUUCGUUCGCAAAUGUGGCCAGAUGUACUAACAACUUUCCAGGUUUAUGUGUACGACGACGCGAAUUAUGAGCAGACUCUGGAACUCAUCAACAACACCUCGCCUUAUGCACUGACAGGCUCUACUAUCUGUGCCACAGAGCGCAAGGCCCUCCUGAACACCACAAACAAGCUACGCAACGCUGCCGGCAACAUCUAUUACAACGAGAAAUGCACUGGGGCGGUCUGGGAAGCGUGUAGCGCAUUCGAUCUCGCGUUGAAGGUGGUGACUGUGAUGUCGUGCUUGCUGAUUGUUCUGCGCUUCGUGCAUCAGCUUCAAACGGAUAUCCAGAAUCUUCAGGUGCCAACUCCCGGCAUCUCUGAACUGGAUAUCACCACGCCAGACCAGACGUUUGAUAUCACUCUUAUUCCCAUUACACCACUCGAGGUCAACCGAUACGGGAGGAAUGUGCGAGUGUACGCAAAUUGUAUUUCAAGCGAAUUGGCCAAGUACUGAUCCAUGCUUGCAGUAAAAUGUACUCUUCCGGGCGUGCAGAAUCGAAGCACUCGAGUGCUACCGAUUGUCCAUCUCCUCUGAGUCCUCUCUCUCGUUCUCGUUCUCCUCCUUGUCUUC